AUGGUCUGUAUCAUCUCAGCAAGAACAAGACUGUUUUACCCAUUCCUACUGCUAUCAGUUACUCGACAUGUUGCUCAAGGUCAUUCGUGGAUUGACUGCUUGGACACAGAUCGCUCGAAAAUUUACGACCAAAGUGCCUCGUACAUUUUUGGCGGCGCAAGUGGAUGUGGAUUCUGCGCAGGUUACGGAGAAGGUUAUCCGGGUCGUGGUGAUCCUGAUAUUGGCACGAAAUACACUUACAAAAUGUUGAAAAAUGAAGUUGAAGCUGGUGCUCCUGUUGGUAAAGCUGUCGACCCUAACUCUUAUACGGAUUGGCGCAAGCGUCUAGUAGUUUGCCCAGGACAAAUAGCUUACUAUUCAUAUCUGCCCAAUGGCCACAUUGUUAAAGACAAGAAGGCUUUAGGAACUCAGCAUGGUAUCUACUGGACUGGUCAGGUUGGUACGUCACUUACUUCGACGCACGAGAUGACCCCGGAGCAUUUGUUGGGCGAACACACGCUGGACUUUGAUGAUGGCAAUUGCGGCGAGACGUUCGACAACAAAGGCAAUCGAAGUUCUCGUGCAGGUGAUGGCAAGCCGUGUAUCGGGUCAUUUGUCGUCCCAGAAGGCACAGCUCCAGGUAUCUACAAUCUAGUGUGGUUUUGGAAGUUUUGGCUAGACGAUGUGAACGCGUACAAGGACCACGACAUGGCAUUGGGAUACUUUGGCGCAGCGUACUCAACCCGUAUCCAAAUUGAAGUAACGUCGGGAGGUAGUGGUUGUCCGCACGCAGUACCUCCAGCAGCCCCUCCAGCAGUAAUUCCAGCAGGAGCUCCGGCCUCUCCAGCAGCCCCUCCAGCAACCCCUCCUGCAGUACCUGCUGCAGCCCCUCUAGCAGGAGCUGUAGUCCAUCCAGCCGUUACUGUUGGAAACGCUGUCGCUGGUGAAGCAGACCCGUUGUUGCUUGUGCCUCAUCCCGAUACUACGCCGCCUUCAACGUCGCUAAUGGUUGCAUUUUCGGCUCCGAUGGAAACGGUUCAAGCCUCUGAAAACAUGAUGCCUUCCCCUUCAGCCGACAUUCAUGGAGGAGCUUCGAGUUCAGAGAUGCCAGCUCCGCCAGGACGAGUAUCUCUGGGUAAGCGUUGUCGUCGGCGCAUGCGUUCGUGA